AUGGCUAACUACGCUUCUACCAGCACCGCUUACCCAAGCUCUGUGUACAGCCUUCUCGCCAGGAUCAAUCAUCUAAGCGAGACUGUGCGGCGCAUGCCGUACGACUUCCCAAUUCUUGAUCGUGCCCAGCGCAGGUUGGGACUGGUAAACUUGACAUUCAACCUUCCCAGCAGAGAAUUCAUGCGUUUAUUGAACGAAGACCUGUCAAAAGUAUCAUUCGAGAUGGAUACUGUUCUUUCGCAUCUGUCGGACGAGGAGAAUCCAGGAUUGAGAGUUUACCUAGUACACAAGUUGGAAUCAGUCCAGUCUGCUUUUAACAAAAUCUAUACGGUUGUGUUAAAUCUGGCGCUCUUGAGGUUAUUAAUGCAUGACCUUGGGUAG